AUUAUUAACAUUGACUCUCUCCUUCCACAGGAAGCAUCAUCAGAACACCGGAGAUGGGGGCAGCAUUUCGAGUAUCUGCGGCUGCAGAAUGUAAGUUCCCCCAUCACAUGGGAAUCCCACACCCUCACUGCCCUCAGCGUAUAAAGGUACUAUUAGCAGCACAUAUACAGACAUAAUCAUAACUGUCUCCUUUCUUUCCCCUUUGCUCCUAUCCUUGUGCCUCCCCUGCACCCGCAGACUAUCCAAUGGCACCUUCACCAGCUUGCCAUGACGCUCUGGGAGAGGGAGCAGAAGCUGCAGGAGGCUGCUGGUGAGGAACAAAAGGCAAGUCCUGCAGCUGAGGGAGAGGACGAAGGAGCUCCUGCAGUGGAGGAGAGAGAAGACGGAGCUCCUGGAGAACAGCAAGCUCCUGCAGCCGAGGAGGAGAAGGAAGAGGGGACUGAUGGAGAACAACCAGCUCCUGCAGUGGAGGAAGAGAAGGAAGACGGAGCUCCAGGAGAACAACCAGCUCCUGCAGUGAAGGAGGAGAGAGAAGAGGAAGCCUCUGAGGAAAAAACAGCUCCUGUAGCAGAGGAGAAGGAGAGAGAAGAGGGAGCUCUUGGACAACAGCAAGCUCCUGCUGCAGAGAGAGAAGAGAGAGCUCCGGCAGCAGAGGAGGUGAAGGAGGAUGGAGCUCAAGAAGAACAUCAAGCUCCUGCAGCGGAAGAGGAGGAGAGAGAAGAGGGAGCCUCUGGACAAGAGCAAGCUCCUGCUGAGGAGGAGGAGAGAGAGGAGGGAGCCCCUAGGAAACAACCAGCUCCUGCAGCGGAGGAAGAGAAGGAAGACGGAGCUCCAGGAGAACAACAAGCUCCUGCUGCGGAGGAGGAGAGAGAAGAGGGAGCCCCUAGGGAAGAACCAGCUCCUACACCGGAGGAGGAGAAUGAAGAGGAAGCAACUAAAGAACAAGCUCCUGAGGUGGAAGAGACCAUCGAAGAUCCUCCGGUGGUAGAAAGGCCGACCCUCCGAAAACGGGUCAGGAAGGCCAUAAUGAAGAGGCUCCGCAGGGUUUGGCAUUCCACCCAAAGACUCCACCUGCUGCCGGCCCGACCCUGCCACCACGGCCUACAUCCGUUUCCUUCCAACCCUACCUAUCCCGCGAGCGUGGUUGGUUUUAUAAUUCCAAUCAGCGACAUUAAUCGCCUUCCCGCCGAGAUACGGACCGCAUCGUAG